CCAUUGAAGUUUUGUCGACUUUUAAUGUGAAUUGGUAUUCUGUAUAUAGAGUUCGACAUGGAUGAAGAAAUAUUGUGCCUCACUGGGAUGAAGUGGUAAUUGUAUGUAAACGAAGAUGACUGGAGCAAUGAUCGGUCAGACCCGUUCAUGGCUGAGAGCUAGGUCUGUCCUAGUUCCUGAUGAUUGGCUUGAGGCCUGCGUGGAGUGGAUCAAGGAAGAAAACCAGGGUAACAGUCUUGUACAGUCUCGGAUCAAUGAGCUUGUAUUUGAACAGUGGCUGUUAGCAGAUCUCCAUGAACUUGGUACUCGUUGUUUACCCAACGGACUAGGGGAAGCAGCAAAGCAUCAACUCUCGGGGUCCUAUGCUCUCCAGAUAGACUCCAUGGUAGAUGUUGGAAAGUCAUUUUACUCACAGCUGCAGAAAGUAAAAGGCACUGAAAAUGCUAAUGCUGAGGUGUCUGCAGAAACUAGUGACCAAAAACCGUGGGAGCCAAAACCUUCUCAGAUGUUGAUGCUGAACCUGACUGAUGGUACGAGUAACGUUAAAGGAAUGGAGUACAGACCUCUAACCUGUCUGAAUGCUAACCUUCAGCCUGGCACUAAGGUGAUUGUCAGUGGUACUGUGUUGUGUAGAAGAGGGGUAUUAUUUCUGAACAAUAAUAAUCUUCGUGUGUUGGGAGGAGAAGUGGACACUCUAAUGGAAGAAAACACCAAGCUUAAAGUUCUACAGGAGGCACUAGAUUCCAGUAUGCGCAACACCGGGAGUAUGUACAAACAGGAGUUUGCAGACACUGACAUCAAACCAAGUCAGUUAUCUGUCAAAAACUCUGUCCUAGCUCCAAACAAAGGGGGAAGUUCCACGACCAUAAACAGACACCAUGCAGUCUCAGGAGGGAUUACAAGGCCAAACACCAGUAUCAAACCUACUAGCAGUGAUCUCACUUUAGAUGAGUGGGAUGAAGAAGAUAUAGCUAUGGAAGAUUUGAUGGAUGAACUAGAUGAUAUGGAGAUGCCAGAAACAGGUAGAGAUUCUACCUUACCUGGUCAGUCAUCUGUGAAAGCCAACACCUGUAGGAAUGUUAAUAUGUCUUCAGCUGCAAGUCUUCAACAGAAUCGAAACUCUUCAGUCCAGUCUUCUGGUAGAUUGUACAGCAGUGGUUGUGUGAAGCAGGAAAGAGUCAGUUUAACCAAUGACAAUGAAAAUGUUACCUUAAGGAAAUUAAUUUCUAAUUCGAGAGCAGGAGGCAGGAAUUCUCCUGAAGAGCUGCCUAAUCGAAAAAGGCAAAAACUUAGUGACAGUUCAAGUGCAUGUGUGAAAGCGUCGACUGUGCAAUCUAACUAUGAUGCCAUGUUUAAUGAUGAUUUUGACGAUGAUUUUGAUGAUUUUGGAGAUGUUUCAAUCAUCCCUAAAAAAUGUUCUUCAAAUUCUAACACUAUAUCCAAACCAAUGGUUAAAAGUUCAAAAAUGUUUGGGAAUUCUGUUGUUGAAAAUGCUGGGGAAGAAGUUAAGAAAUUGAUGUCUCCCCUUGACUCUAAUUCAAAAAAUGCUAACAGUGGUCCAGUAGGAAUCGGCAUUAGAAAAAGUGGUAAGAAAAAUUUGCUUUCAAGUUCAUAUGGAGUGUCACUUGUUGAAAGUGCAGUAAAUUUACCAGUUAAAUUAGAACUGCCCUCAUCAGUCAGCAUGGUAUCUUCGUCUUCUGCGGAAAGGCAGAUCAUUGGCAGUCAAAAUACAUUGGACCAAUUUGUGAGGACUCCUCUAACUGGACAGAAGGAAAACAAAUCAUCUAUCAGUCGAAGUGGAAACUCGGCAAAAAGUUUUGAUGAGCAGACAAAAUUAACAGACUUCACUCUAGUGAAAUCCUCCCAUGGAAUUGAUGCGGAACCAUUUACCUACCUAUCUAUUGUAAAGAAACAGUUAACUCCACUGGAUAGCGUUACAUAUAAAGUAAAGGCCUACAUUUCAACUUUGAUUGGGCGACUGGACAGCUCUGGGGGGAAGGAGUGGACCCUGGCCUGCAAAAUCAACGAUGGGACAGAUAGUCAAGAUGUGGACCUUUCUGACAGUGUAUUGGCAAGUCUAAUUGGAUUUUCAGCUCCAGAUAGCGUGGUAAUGAAGAAAAGAAUGAAACAGGACCUCAGUAUCAAAGAUGUACUUGUUGAGGGCAUUCAGCAGUGCCAGCAGAAACUGAUAGCUCUACUCUGUAUUAUGGAGAUAAGAACAUUGCCCUCCAAAGCCAGGCCAGAGGUCAUAGCCCUACAUGAGAUGACCCCUGAUAGGAUCAACACUCUCCGGACAAGGGUCUCUCAAUCCAUGGACAAUAAAUAA